CGGAAGUCCCGAUCAGAGUGGUCUGACUGCUGAGACCUCAGCGUGCAGGUCUGUGCGGGAGUUACUUAGCAAACAUUGCACUGAUGAGAGAGGGCGAAUGCACAUGGACACGGAUUUCCUACAGCCCCUGGACCUUUGCCAGGACCGGUGGAGUCAGGGACUACCCUACUUUAUAAUUAUGAAACUGUCAACAAGACAAGGAUGAUGCUGAAAGCUGAAGAUGAACGUGUGCAUGGAAAACAAGUAAAGCAUAUUCUACUCAAAUCAACUGGUUUAGUUGUGCUGUCCAGAUAAAAGUACAUGGUGCCUCCCAAGAAGGAAGAUCUUCCUACCGCCGGACUUUAACCGAAGGACCGAGAAUCACCUGAGCGAUGGAGCUGCGAGGGCUCCGCGGGCCGACGGGAGGCCAGGACCUGAAGGGUCAGGGGUUAGGGUUCAGCAUGGGAGGCGCCGCACUUCCAGCCAGCUCCAUCAUCACAGCGGUGCAGCAGCAGGACUACUCAGCCAGCGUCUGGCUUCGCAGGAGGGAGAAGCUGGAACAUUCUCAGCAGAAGUGCAUCGUUAUAUUCGCCCUGGUUUGCUGCUUCGCCGUGCUGGUGGCGCUGAUUUUCUCAGCUGUGGAUGUAUGGGGUGAGGAUGAAGACGGGAUUACGGAGGAGAACUGUAGCAAGGAGUGCAGAGUGGUGCUUGUGGAGAACAUCCCGGACGACAUCUCCUUCCUGGAGAAUGGCACGUCCCACCUGCCUCUGUCUGUGGGGCUGUGCAGCCUGCUGGACCAGGCCAUGCGGGUCGUGGAGAUAGUUUCCCCGUUGUGGCUCCUCAACGCCUCCGACAGUGAACCCAGCUCCAGACAGGGCGGAGCGCUGCUGUCGCGGCUGCAGGGGCUGAAAGCUCGAGGAAUCCAGCUGAAGAUCGCCAGCGGCCUCUCCGGGAACUCCACUGAACUGUGGACUCUGGCCACACACAAUGCUGAGGUCCACUAUUUGAACACAACAGCACUGACCAAAGGCCACCUCAACUCGUCCUUCUGGGUGGUGGACAGGAGGCAUUUCUACUUGGGCAGUGCCAGCAUGGACUGGAGAUCCCUGGCCACGAGGAAGGAGCUCGGUGUGAUGAUGUACAACUGCAGCUGUCUGGCCCUGGACCUCCACAGAGUGUUCGCUCUCUACUGGGGGCUCCAGUAUAAGGACUUCAUCCCGUCCUUCUGGUCCAAGCGCCUCUUCGCCCUCUUCAACAAGGACGCGCCGCUGGAGCUCACUCUGAACCACACCAAGGCUCAGGCCUACGUCUCAAGCUCCCCAGACGUCUUCCUGCCCAGCGAUCGUACCAGUGAUUUGGAAGCCAUCUCCAGGGUCAUACAGGAGGCUCAGCGCUUCAUUUACAUCUCCAUCAUUGAUUACCUGCCCCUGCUCAACAGCAGCUCCCACAGGUACUGGUCCCGCAUCGAUGGUCUCAUCCGAGAGGCUCUGAUCCUGAGGAAGGUGAGGGUCCGUCUGCUCAUAAGCUGCUGGGAAAACACUCAUCCGCUCACGUUCAACUUCAUCUGGUCUCUGAGGAGUCUGUGCAUGGAGCAGGCCAACUGCUCCCUGGAGGCUAAGUUCUUCCUCCCCAGAGCGCUGAGUGAUGGCGGUCUGCAGGGAAUAAACCACAAUAGGUUUAUGGUCACAGACAGAGCCAUUUAUUUAGGUAACCUUGACUGGGUGGGAAAUGACUUCACCUUUAACGCAGGAGCGGGUCUAGUGGUCAGUCAGCCCGAGGGCACGGAGGAGAGGAACUCCACGGUGGUGGAGCAGCUCAAGGCUGCGUUUGAGAGGGACUGGUUUUCACGUUACACCCGCUCCCUGCAGGCCAACAAGAGCCUUGUGUGCAACAAGCACCAGACCAGCAUGCCGGUGCCAGUCAAAUCCAGCCACUUAGGCAACAGAGCAGAUACUACAGCCCAUAAUAUUCAACCCGCACCCAUCAGAAACAGGCACAAGAGCAGUGGACAGGCGUCAAUUACAGGAAAACACUAUAGAAAUAGACAAGACAUUGCAGAUGGUCUGCUGCUAAGUAUAGACAGUCAUCAAAAGACGGGACAGGUCAAAAUAAGUCACCGUGGCAACAAACAGGUUCAGACCAAAGGUGAUAAUCAUAAGAACCCCGUGGAUGCACAGGGCCAGUCCGCUGAGAGCAGCGGCAGCAGGGAGCUCCCCAACGGGCUCCUGUGACCUCAGGACGGGCUCCUGUUCACUGAGUGAUGCUCGCUUCCAGUGUCAAACCACUCAAAUGUCUUUGUAGCAUUUUAAUAUUGUCAUUUUGUAAAAAAAAUGAAACAAAAGACUUGGACUUUAAGGAAAACGUGGUUUGUGGGACGUACGUGAAAGAUCUCAGGAAGGAACGCAACGAUGAAGCUCCGUUGGAGGCUUUAAGGAAAGAAACAUAUGGAGGAAACGCUGCUUAAAAUGCACUGUAACUUACAGACUUGCUACUUACUUAACUUCCUUCUCUUUGCUCGUUGAAUGCUCCCAAUUGCCUGAGUAUUGAAUGUCACUUAAGCUGUUGGUGACACUCAUAAUUUAUCACCCUUUAAACGGAGCAUCACACCUGCAUGUCUAUGCAGACAGAGACAGAGGAAAAUGUACAGGUGUUCCAAAGCAGAGGACGCACGGCUCUGCUUGUUGUUGAUGUCGAAACUGCGGAUGCUUGACUUCUCUUGAACUUUAGACAGAACCUUUUUAACUAUAAUCAGUACCUGGGAUCAAGCAAACCAGAACCACCUGUUUAUAUUCCAAUAAUUACAGUUUUAACUUAUUUAGAUUGUUACUUCUACGACUGUAAAGGACUUUAAAUCCCGACCCUCUUCAGAGAACUAGCCUCUAGCUGAGCGUCUAAGGAGAACGAUCAAAUCAUAUGCACCAUAUGAUUUGAUGGAUUAAUCUUAAUGCCACAAGAACCAAACACUACCAAGUAUUAACUCAACCAAGAAUGGAUGCAGCAACGCUGCACAGCGACAUGACACAUUAUCAGACAAAAAAACGUACAUACAUUUACCACAUAAAAUGUCACUGAAAAAUUACACUCACGGCUGCAAGUUAACAGCAGUGGGUGAAAACCAGGAAAAGGGGCUAUUGAUCGGACAGCGGCCCUUAUAGAUCAUCAUCAUACUGAACAUAUAUCUGUAGCGUACUGUUGUAGGGCUGGCUGGAAGACGAAGGGGCCACAGGGUCUGUGCCGUCAGCCAAAUCAAUACAAUGAAUUUUUAACAGAGCUUGCAAUUGGUGCAAUUUAACCUCAAGGACAGGGGUGAGGCCUGGAAUGUUGUGCCCAUGACUGAAUAUAUAUAUAUAUAUAUAUAAAUAUAUUAUCUCACCGUGUGUAGUCAAAGCAAACAACAUUACUGGGUUGUUAACAAAGAACAACAUAUUUGCCGCAGUUUAAGCUUGUAGCACCUUUCAUUUGCAUUGUCAGUGACUGCAUGUUGGUUUGAAACCUUUACUCUUUCUACGACUUUCAGCAACAGUGUUUGUGGAUUUAUAAUGUAAGAGGAACUUGUAACUUACAAAGCCAUCAAUGAAGAAACAAAAAUUAAUAAUAACAUCAUGUAGCGGUAGCCAGUGAUAUCCUCAGCAGCAUGUUAUGUUAAGUGCUUCAAUGUGAAAGUAGCACAAGUGUAAUCAAUACUUAGUCAUUUAGCAGAAGGAACAGGGGAAUAAUUUAAUUCUGCUGCUGAAUUUAACUCAGACAAGACAAACUGCAUCGGGCUCCUGAGAAAUAAUUACAGACUGGUUCACUAUGGUGAAGUGGGAACGAGCUGACGCAGACGAACAACAUUUACAAGAAAUAUAUAAGAAAACAGGUUCUGAUUCAAACUUUGCACAAUCUUCAAUAGGUUUUUUCUGGUCUUCUUUGAUAUUAAAGGAUGUACCUUUGGGUUACUCAGACACAAUAAGACAUUUUAAUUUGUCAAAAAGGGCUUUAAAUGGUUGUGAUUGUAGAUUUUUAAAUAAUUAUUUACACAGAGAUUGAUUGGCAGAUUGAUCAAUGAGGAAGUAAUCAUUAGUCAAAGCUAAGAAAUAAUGGUAGAAUUAUAGAAAGAUAGUUGUAAUUUCAUUCAAAUUACAACUGAGUAUUUUUUAAUUCUAUUUAAGCUUUUGCCAUUUUCAGAACAGAAUAUAAUGUUUAAACUUGCUGUUUGUUCUACAGGUUUGAUAAAAGCCAAUACACAGACUCUGUUCUGUGAUCAUGAAAUCACUGAAACAUCACUUGACAAUCUGGUUGCAAAGGACAACUUCUGCCACCUAGAGGAUGUCGAGAGCAGGAAUAUUUCUUCUUACCUGCUACAAUAUCAUAAUAAUAACAGCAAUUUGUUAGAAUAUGCUGAUAGCGAAUGUUUUUUUUUUAUAUUUGGUUAUUUUUUAUGUGGUACUAGGAAACAAAAUAACAAAAUACAAAUAACACAUUAUAAAAUAAAUGUUCAAGUUGAAUAUGAAAACACACAAGGAUGUAAUAAGUGUUACAAGUGUUUCUUCACAGAAAGUUAGAAGAACAACAAUACUGGGUUGUUGAAGAAGAUGAGGAUCGGCUUAAUAAUGAUGUCCAGAUAUUAUCUAUGUAUAACAACACCACACUGUGCUAAUGUCAAUUAGGAAUCUGUCUUGGAGUCAGAUUCAUAACUUUAUGCUGCUAUAACCUUACGUAUGAUUGUCACACAGGAGCAGGAACUCAGCUAAUGCACUCUGUGCCCAGGCCUUUAUUUAAACUACUUGUUCACUGAGUGGCAUGUUUUUAACAUAGAUUUAUUCUAGUUUCGGGAGGAGAGAUUGCAGAUGCCAAGGUUUACAAUAUGCUACAUGCAAAUCAUAAAAUAUGAGCAAAAAACUUCACCAGUAAGAUCAAAUAAAGUGCAGAAUUUUCAGAUGAAUGCUCUGUAAAACUAUAUUAAGUAGCUGGAUGUGAAGUAGCCACGACGUUAAAGGGAACGAUGCUCGCUGUGAAAGCUUUUUGAUGUUGCCUACCUUUUUUCUGUUUACAUUUUCUGGCAUGACUGCCGCUUGCAUGCCUUGCCUUUAUAAACUGUGCACAGUAGCUAUAAGCCUUUCUAGAGACGACAAAAGGUGAUAAUAAAACCUUAUAUACCUUUAAAGAUACAGAGGGAAUGUAUAUUUAUUGUAUAUCCUUGUUAAUGCACAUAACUGAAAUAUCCGACCACUAACUUUUUACUCUUAAUAAAAAACAACUACUCUAA